GCUUUGUCAAUUCUGAUUGGGGAUGGUCGGCGAAAUACAUCAAAAAAUACAUCAAUAAAUACAUCAAAUAAAUACAAUUCUACAAAGACUUGAAGAUUCAAAGCAACCCUAACGACAGUGACGAAAACUACAUCAACUUCCCAAGCUUAUACAUCACAUCUCAGUGUCCUCCAAGGUAUCGCAAGGAUGAACAAUGAACAGUUUCGUCGCCUAGUCUCUGCAAAUACACCAAAGCCAUCAUCAAAUCGCGAUGGCGCAUCACCAGGUGCAGCCACUCCACGUGGAACAUCUCUUGGUUCUAGACAGAAAUCUAGCAUUCCCAUGACACCUCGCUCAGUAGGCUUUCAUAAAUCCGAUUUUGCGCGGCAAGUGGCAGAACAGAAUCAAGGCAACACCAAGCAACAAAAGAAACACCGGUCGUUCGAUCCCAAAGGCAGCAAGUUAGCACAAGGCUACGUUGAUCGCGCUCGAAAUAGGACGUCAGAAGAGGAAGAGGAUGAGAGAGCGGCACGGAUAAAGGCAUUAGAAGAAUCUCUAAAGAAAGAAGAGAUCGACCAAGAAACAUUUGACAGACUUCGCAGUCAGAUCGCCGGAGGAGAUUUAUCUAGUACUCACUUAAUCAAGGGCCUCGACUUCAAGCUCCUCGAGCGAAUACGAAAGGGUGAGAAUGUUUACGGUGAGGAUGACGCGAAAGAGGAAGCUGCCGAGUCUGAAGACGAGAUCGAUGAAGAGCUAGAUGAGUUAGAAGAAAAGGAGAUUGAGGCAGUCACAAAAGAAAAAUCGAAGAAGAAGGGACAAGUGUCGACGACCCCACUCAACCCGUCUAAGAAACGAACAAGAGAUCAAAUCCUAGCUGAACUGAAGGCUGCUAGAGAUGCUGCGAAAUCAAAAGAGGAUACCGGGUUGGGAUCAAAGUUCAAAAAGAUUGGGCCGAAAACACCUGGCACUAGGAUAGAACGAGAUGGCAAAGGCAGAGAAGUGUUAAUAGUGGUGGAUGAGGAUGGCCACGAGAAGCGUAAAAUACGAAAAACCCAACGAACGAAUGGGGCGGAGGAAACACGAUCGAAAGCAGUGGAUAUGAUGAUGCCGGAUAAAGACGCCAAACCUCUUGGCAUGGAAGUUCCCGAGGCCUACAGGAAGCAGGUGGAAGAAUCAGAAGACGAAGAUGUGAACAUCUUUGACGACGUCGGCGACGACUACGACCCCCUUGCCGGGCUAGAAGCAGAAGAUUCUGAUUCUGAAGAUGAGGAAUCUGCAGAAAAGAAGGCACCGCCCACUAAAGCCGAGAAAGAAGACAGAGCUGCCAUGCCUCCACCCCCCAGACCAACCACCACAACGAAGCCCAACAAUUACUUUCAAGAUGCCAAAACAAAACUGGUGUCAUCCGAGUCACUCAAGGCACCGUCCAUGUCCGAUCCAGCCAUCCAAGCCGCUUUCAAGAAGGCAGCAUCUCUCAACCCAAUACGUAAACCAGAAGACGACAGUGAGGAAUCACGAGCUAAAGCCGAACGUUUACGAAAAAUGCUACAGAACAAUGAUCGCGAUGCGGAGGAUAUGGAUAUGGGCUUCGGCACAAGCAGAUUUGAAGACGAGGAAGAUUUCGAAGAGAAAACCGUGAAACUAUCGGAGUGGGGGCGAGAGGGUGACGAUGAUGGCCACGAAGGGGGCAGUGGUGCUAAGCGGAAGAGAGGUCCAAAGAAGCGAAAGGGAGAUGCCAACAAUGCUGCGGAUGUAUUGCGUGUCAUUGAGAAACGACGAGGAGCUGCCAAAUAAUUCUAUAAUACGUAGGUGGUAGUAAGAUCGCAAAUACAUCAUAACAAACAUGAUGAUGUAGACACCUAUACUAAGUGCUGUACAUUACCUAGGGUAUCAGUAAGAAGAACUUGAAGUAUAUGUAGGUUUCC